GUGGCCGUGGCCGCAAGGCGGGUUGCCCUGCUGUGCUCCGUCACCUCCUAAAGAUGCAUCCUGACUUAUCUCCACACUUGCACACUGAAGAAUGCAACGUCUUGAUUAACUUGCUUAAGGAAUGUCACAAAAAUCACAGCAUUCUGAAAUUUUUUGGUCGUUGCAAUGAUCUUGAUUGGGAGAUGAGAAAAUGCUUGAAGAAUGAGUACAUGGAAAAGAGGACCAAGAGCAGGGAGCAUGGCAAUGUGAUGAGAAAAAGACUUUUUAAUCCCGCAGAGGAAUCUGAAAAAUAAAUUACAGGCUUACCUUGUUUUAUUGUGCUUCGUUUUAUUGAACUUCGCAGAUAAUGCAUUUUUUUCAAAUUGAAGGUUUGUGGCAACCUGGCACAAGCAAGUCUAUUGGCGCCAUUUUUCCAACAGCAUUUCUCACCUUGUGUCUUUGUAUCACAUUUUGGUAAUUCUUACAAUAUUUUGAACUUUGUAAUUAUUAUUAUAUUUCUUAUGGUGACCUGUGAUGUUACUAUUGUGAUUGUUUUGGGGUGCCACAAAGUGUGCCCGUAUAAGACAGUGAACUUAAUCAGUGUUCUAUGUAUUGUGACUGCUCACCAACCAGCCAUUCCCUUGUCUCUUCCUGUCCUUGGGCCUCCCUACCCCCUGAGACUCAACAUAUUGAAAUUAGGCCAGUUAGUGAUCCUACGAUGGCCUCUAAGUAUUCAAGUGAAAGGAAGAGUCCUUCAUCUCUCACUGUAAGUCAAAAGGUAGAAGUGAUAAGCUCAGCAAGAAAGGCAUGUUGAAAGCCGAGAUAGGCUGGAGCCAAGUUGCCAAAUACAAAGGGAAAGUUCUUGAAGGAAAGUAAAAGUGCUACUCCAGUGAACACACAGAUGGUAAGGAAGCAAAACAGCCUUGUUUCAGUGGUCUGGAUAGCAGAUCAAACGUUCCCUUAAGCCAAAGCCUACUCUAGAGCAAAGUCCUAGCUCUCUUCAAUUCUGUGAUGGCCAAGAGGUGAGGAAGC